AUGUUUGUACCAGUACUAUACCUUGAGGCUUAUCGGCGUGAACCGAAACUGAUAAAGAGAAGAAGAAGAGCUAAUUUUGGUAAUGGUGAUGAUGACGAAGCUGGGAAACAAGACCAUUUGAAAUUCUGGAGGACUAGACAACAAGUGACAACAUCCCAUAGGAUCGAAAAGGCUAGUGAAGGAAUCGAAGCUCUUGUUGAAAACAACACUUCUGUGGCCAGUAUCAGUCCGUCUGCCCAUGCCCCGGUUGUACCAUUUUAA